AUACCUCCGGGAAUUGGAUCACUCACAGAAAUUACCCGUCUUGACUUGUCCACAAACAAGUUGUGCAAAUCAAUCCCUGCAACUCUUGGGAACUUGUUGAAAAUUCAUUACUUGAAUUUGAGCAACAACCAGUUUACCCAAGAAAUUCCACCUCAAUUGGGGAAACUAAGCCCGUUGACAGAUCUGGAUUUGAGUCAUAACUUCCUUAGUGGAGAUAUACCCUCUGAAAUCUGUGAUUUGAAGAACUUGCAGGAUCUUAAUAUCUCCCACAAUAACUUCUCUGGUUUCAUUCCUAGAGAAUUUGAGAAGAUGAACCUGUUGAGUAUUGACACACCCUACAAUGAGUUGCAGGGUCCGAUUCCCAACAGCACAGCCUUUCGAAAUGCUACCAUAGAAGAAUUACAAGGGAACAAAGAUUUGUGUGGUGAUGUUAGAGGUCUACGGCCUUGCGGUACUUUAUUACCAGCAAAACAUGGCUUGCACAAGGGUUGGAAAAUCUUUCUCACAGUUUUUUUCCCUCUUCUAGGAGCUCUUGUUCUUUUGGCUGUGAUGAUCUGUAUACUUUUUAGUUCCAAAAGGGCGAAGAGAGACUCUUGUGAUCAAGAAAAUGCUAUGCAGAAUGAAGAAUUCCUUUGGAUAUCAACUUUCAAAGGUAAAAAGAUGUAUGAAGAAAUCAUAGCAGCAACAAAGGAUUUUGAUGCCAAUCACCUUAUUGGAGAAGGCGGCCAUGGAAGUGUUUACAAAGCCGAGUUGUCACCAGGGAAUAUUGUAGCAGUCAAGAAAAUCCACUCUAUGUAUACUGGUGAUAUAGGCCAUCAAAAGGAGUUCUUGUGUGAAAUAAGGGCAUUGACAGAGAUAAGACAUCGAAAUAUCGUAAAAUUUUUUGGUUUUUGUGUACAUUCACGACACUCAUUCUUAGUCUAUGAGUAUCUUGAAAGGGGUAGCCUGGCAACCAUUCUUAGCAAUGAAGCAGAAGCAGCAGUGUUGGAUUGGAGUAAGAGAGUGAAUGCCAUAAAAGGUGUGGCACAUGCUUUGUCUUACAUGCAUCAUGAUUGCUUCCCACCGAUUGUUCAUCGCGACAUAUCAAGCAAGAACGUGUUGCUCGAUAAGGAAUAUGAAGCUCAUGUCUCAGAUUUUGGAACUGCUAAGCUUCUCAAGCGGGAUUCAUCCAAUUGGACUCAACUUGCAGGCACAUAUGGAUACAUGGCACCAGAGCUUGCUUACACAAUGAAGGUGACUGGGAAAUGUGAUGUUUAUAGCUUUGGAGUGUUGGCAUUAGAAGUGAUCCAAGGGAAGCAUCCUGUGGAUAUUAUCUCCACUUUUUCAGGUUCAUCUGGCAACAUGAACAUAGAGCUUGAUGAUAUGUUGGAUCCAAGGCUUCAAUUUCCCUCCCUGGAACUGCAGAAUAAACUGAUUUCCAUCAUGGAUGUGGCUUUUUUAUGCUUAGAUGUAAAUCCACAGUCUAGACCAACCAUGCAAAUUGUGUCUCAGCUUCUGAGCAACUAAAUUCUUGUUGCUGAAGUAAUCACACUUGAUUAACAAUUUUUGUCAGGUAAGUUUUUAAAUCAAUUGUUUGUAAGAAAGUUUAUCAUAGUUUCAAGAUUCAACAACAAUUAGAUUUGAAAGUGAUUUGUAACAAAACUCAUUUUAGCUGUUGAAACAAUGCAGUUGGCACUGGCUA